CCCCCACACUCCGCACUCUUAACUGACAGAGACGGUGGACGGCAGCAGUCCUGGUGUGAGACGGCCGUGCUGGUAUUUCUACCCGGACGAAGCGGCGGGGGGCGUGGCUAACACUCCGUAUAGCAGCGACCCUGCGCGGAGAUGAAGAGGAGGCUGAACAAGAAGUACCUGCUGCUUAUCCUGGCCUACACCGGACUGCUGCUGCUGCUGCCCUACGUGCUUGACUCCCGGGACCGGGCGACCCGGCCGGCGGCGCAGCUCCAGCCCCGCUGCCCGGAGCUGGAGCUGCCGUGGGAGGACGCUGGCGGCCCCAACGGCAGCGAGCCGGCGACCGAGCCCUCCUCCAACCGCAGCCAGCCACGGAUCCACGUCUACCUGCACGCCACCUGGAGGACCGGCUCCUCCUUCCUGGGCGAACUGUUCAACCAGCACCCGGACGUGUUCUACCUGUACGAGCCCAUGUGGCACAUCUGGCAGGCGCUGUACCCCGGGGACGCGCAGAGCCUGCAGGGCGCCGUGCGCGACAUGAUGAGCGCGCUCUUCCGCUGUGACUUCUCGGUGCUGCGGCUAUACGCGGGCGCGCAGAACGUGAGCAGCGCUUUCAUCUUCGGCUGGAAGAACAACAAGGUGCUGUGCUCCGAGCCGCUGUGCCGCGCCCACCGGCGCCACGAGGUGGGGCUGGUGAAGGAGGAGCUGUGUGCGCAGUGCCCGCGCAGGGAACUGCGAGAGCUGGAGCGCGAGUGUCGGAAGUACCCGGUGAUGGUGAUCAAAGGUGUGCGCGUGCUGGACCUGGGCACGCUCGUGCCGCUGAUACGGGACCCCAGUGUGAACCUGCGCGUCGUGCAGCUGUUCCGGGACCCGCGCGCCGUGCACAAUUCGCGCCUGAAGUCGAAGCACGCUCUGGUGAAGGAGAGCAUCCAGGUGCUACGCAGCCGCAGACAGAGCGACAGGUACAAGCGGUUGCUCGCGCCAGCGAACCGUGCGACGCGCGCGGAGAGCUACGUGUCGGGCGCGCUGGAGCUCAUCUGUGACGGCUGGCUGCGCGACCUGCUGCUGCAGCUGCGCGCACCGCCCUGGCUGCGCAGCCGCUACCUGCGCCUUCGCUACGAGGACCUGGUGCUUCGGCCGGCCGAGCAGCUACGCAGGCUGUUGCGCUUCGCUGACCUGCCCACUUCCGCCGCGCUCGAGAGCUUUGCGCUCAAUAUGACACGCGGGCACGGCUACUCUUCCGACAGACCAUUCCUCAUCUCCUCCCGCGACGCCAAGGAGGCUGUCCACGCCUGGAGGGAGCGGCUGAGCGUGGAGCAGAUCAGUCAGGUGGAGGCGUCCUGUGGCGAGGUCAUGAGGCAGCUGGGCUACCAGAAGACACAUGAGGAGGACACGGCGUCAUGACGGAGCCGUGGGCCGAGGGUCGUGGUGUUCAGUCUGAGGUCAGAAGGUGGUCUAACUAAACGAGCAGCUGGAAUGUGUUCCUCGAGGAGUUCUCAGGCGUGACUCGGGAACUGUUUUCCUUCGGCCGAGCCGGGCUGAUGAACUGGAGAAAAUCUGAGCAAAAGAGCAGCCAAUCACAGGUGGACGAUUUGGAACAAGGAGGCGGCGGCUCAUUUUUCCUGGUUUCUGUUGGACACCAGCCCUGCACACCCCAGGUGUUCCUCCUCAGGAGGUGACUGCCAAGAUCAGAGCGGCGGCUUCGCUGUCACCUGCGUGACUCAUCUGUCUGGCCUGCGACUCGGCGUGGCAGAGAUCGCCGGUGUUCGUGGUACUCACUAACAACACUAAUUUAGAGCAGUGAAGAACUGCAGUAUUUUGGAGAGGCCGUUCUCCUCUCUAACCCUCCCCCCGGCCUCUCGGGAAUGUGCACUUCUCUGACAAAACACUCACAUGGGUGUGAGAUUCUUCCGUCCUCACACAGCGUAGGGUGCAGGGCCCUGUUGUUUUCCUCUAAAAUGCUGUAAACGUUGUAACCCGAGCCUCCAGAAGGGCUUCAGUGUUUGAGAUACCCCUCUCACCCGCUAAGAGGGCUCCAAACCUCCGGCAGCUUCUGUGCACAGAUGGACCCAGGUCUGCAGCCCUGGAGCAGGCUCACGAUGCCAGAAAGACAGAAAGCAGAAUUUGUCACAUGUGCACACUUGGAUUUGGCCGUGGUCGGUUCAGCGACCAAUGAGCUGUUGUAGCUCACAGGGUUAAAUACUGUGGAGCAGCAGGACAGGUGGGAGGUGAAGCAUUUAAUAAUGGAAGCUCACACAGCAGCACAGUCUGUGAGCAAAGUCCGCUCUACUUUCCUGAGCUAAUGUCCUUUGUAUGUCUUUGAAGACAUGACUCGGUGGUAGGGGUAUCUCAAAGUCUUGGGAGGUUGCCCCCACCUCCCACGUGUGAGGCUCAGAGGUUGUUUCUGUACUUUUUGUUGGCGGUGGAAGAAAAAUAACUUCAAACUGACUCAAAGAAUAAAAAGCUGACACACUCCUUAAA